CAGAUUGAACCGUAGAGAAAGCUGCAAGCAACCCUUGGAUAUGUAGCUUAAUACUCUGGACUGCAUGACUGAAGCUUUGCUGAAAUCGUCUUCAGUGAAGGCACAACCUGGCUGCACUGUUCUGUUCUCAUAAAUAUUUUACAUUUUGUGUGGUGGUUUUGUUUGUUCUUCUCAGUGAAAUAAGUGUAUGCUGUUUCGAGAGCUGCCUUGCAAAUAAUUUCUCUUCCGUCUGUGUAGUAUGUCAGAAGACUAACCCAGAAAGCUAUUCUGUAAUUGAAUCAACGGCUACUUUUCCCCGGAUAGGCCUAGAUACAAUAAGGUUUGACCGAUUGAGACUCGCAGACGCUCGUGUUCUGGUGAGGAUCAGCUCAAAGGAUAUCCAAAACUUAUUACUGUUCCAAUGGAUUCCUUAAAAGGGGCGUAACAUACGCAAGAAGAACCAGACCUUGCCUGCAGAUCUUUCUCAAAGGACGAUUUCGUUACUAUAAAGUUGACUGGCUUCUGGAACUCGCGGAUUUGUUAGAUUAGCACAAUUCAUUUUCAUCUGUUUGCGUAUGUCCAUGUGCAUGUUUUCAACACAUUUUGAAUAGAAAAACGCGUUUCCACUUAUUUGAACAACAGGCCUAUGCCAUUGGGAAAUACUGUUAGAUUUCUUUGUAUACUUUUUUUACAGGGUUGGAACCGUUGCUAUGAAGGUAAUGCAGUCUAACACCGUUCUAGAGAUACCAUGUGUCGCCUGAUACCUGGGCUCUAACUUCAUUUCAGUGGAUUUUGCUUGUGGGUUGUCUCAACCCGAACAUUGAAAAUGUAUUUUGCGUGAAUUGUUGUUGGAUUUUAUAGCUCUAUAAUGGCAAACGAGAAUCCAUAUGACAGUCGCGUCAUUGUCGAAAAUUACAUCUAUGAUAAACUGUUGAAGAAUGGAUUUGUUUGGGAAUUUCAAACAGAGAACCAAUCUCGAAAUAACGUCUUUGAGGAUCCCUCUCCCCCCAACUCCCCCGAACUUUUUGCACGGAGGCUCCAACCUCCCGCCGCUGGCGAGGACAACGACCCUCCGUUCGCAAAUAGGAUCCCGCAACCGGACCCGCACGCCCGGCUCCACAGAGUCCUCCGCGAUGCCGGGAACGAGAUCGAAAGAAUGUAUCAGCGGGACUUUGCAGAGAUGUCGGGGCAGUUGCAUAUUACGCCCAGCACGGCACAUGGACGAUUUACCGCAGUAAUAGACGAACUGUUCAGCGACGGUGUAAACUGGGGUCGGAUUGUGGCUUUCCUUGAGUUUGGAGGGACAAUGUGCGUGGAGAGCGUCAACCGGGAGAUGACGCCCCAGGUGAACAACAUCGUCCAUUGGAUGACGGAGUACCUGAAUGGACCCCUGCAAAACUGGAUCCAGGAGAAUGGUGGAUGGGAUGCUUUCGUGGAGAUCUAUGGGCAGAAGAGGGGCUCUCUCUUCCAUUCAUGGCCUUUCCUCAAGACCGUGUUUAGCUUGGCCGCCCUGGGGGCAGCUGGAGUCACCAUUGGAGCCAUGUUCACCCAGAAGUGAUGAGCCUGUACCUCUGCCGUGACUACAGGAUUUCGUCUCUCGCUCCUUGUUCUUUCUUUUUUCAUCACGUACCAUUGAAAGCACUUCACAGCUCAGCACUGCCCAUUACCAACCUGUCGGCUGGUUUUAUUCCAGAGUUCCUGGCUCCUCAAAGCAAAUUGCACCUAUAUGUUACUAUCCAACUGCUGUGACAAAGAAAAAUAAUAACUUUACACAUGUGAAAAGCGUGGAAUGGUACAGAUUUUUUUUUUUUCGAAAAGGUGCAGCCUCAUAUAUUCAUAGGCACUUACAGAAGGAUUCAACUACGCAUGUAUACUAGUCAUCAAUGAACAAGAAGAAUCCUUGGAAAGACUGCAUACUCCUUUUUUGAUCAUUUACAAACAUGGAUAUAUACACACACCAACAAAAUAUUGCGGGCAAACAUAUUUACAAACGUAAACCAAAAAACCAAAUUGUGCAUGAUUUUGUGGUACACUGACAGAAAAGUUUUAGAAGGAAAAAAAAAAGAAAAAAAACAAUUGUAGCAAACACAGAGCUUCCCGUCACCAGCAUGUGUGGUGAAAGCAAUUUUUUUUUUGCCUGAUUAAACUAAUGCAUGCAUGAUCAAGCAUUUUUUGCUGAAAUACCGGUUGUGACAGAGACUGGGUCAUGCUCACCAGACCCGGAAAUGGAAGAAAACGUCCUAAAACAGAUUUCAACCGGGAGGAACUUUCUAAACAUCACAGAGAAAUACUCACGGCCCCCUCAGCUUGAAGGACAGAUUGUUGAAUCGCCUUCGUCCAUUUUUUCUGUACGUGCGCAUUCACUUAAACCGGACGUCUCAGACAUUACUGGCUGCAUGUUGACAUGAUCCCUCUUGCCGUAGAGAUCGGGAUUAUUUCUUUUGAAAAGUAGUGCUAAUUGGUUGAAGAAGCGAGCUAGCCGUUUGUGGAAGUUUGUUAAACACACACAGUUUCUCAGUUGGAAGGGGCCGCCAUCAUGUGUGGUGGACGACAUUCUUACUAUUGACUUGUUUUGGUUUUCGUUGUGUUGCAAUGUUGGAUACUGUUUGGUCUACUGAACGUGGCCAGGUGUUUUUUGGUAAGGGAGGGAAGUUUGGGUUGAGGCUCACUGUUCACAAACCCUCAAAGGAAGUUCAAUCAAACCAAGCAGAUGUUGAGAAUUCCCUAUUAAAGUGCUUGUGUCUGAUU